ACCGAAUUUUGUCAUUUGGAGUCAUUGCAUUUCGAGGAUAUAAACGCCAUUGGUGGUUGGAGAAUAGACGCAUCAACAUGGCAGUGUCGCUAACGCCACCGGAUGCACGGCGAAUAUUUUUGAAAGAAUUAAAACGUCGUAUUAUUAAAGCACGCAGUGCCCAAACGGUUGGUUGGCUGGAGCAACACUUAGAGAAUGCAACCGAUUCAGUCUUGGCACAAAUCGAUGAUAAAUUGAACACGUUGAACACGUUCCUGCUAACAAGUAAUAGCAUAUUGAUUGAUGCUCAGCAGCAGCAGGAAACCACCGUUGUAUACGCGCUGACUGGAAAUGAAGAGAACAUCAAAAAUAUGAUCGAUAGAGAUGCUGACGCAGCAACGCUGCGAUCCGCAAAAAUGGCAGGCAAAGCGAAUGCAAUUGCAGCUCCAUUGACUUGAGAUUCACCUCGCUGCUGUUUGAACUGGAACUGGAAGUGCUGCUGCACUUUUUGCUUAAAAGUUUCCUUUGGCAUCGUUAAUUUGAUAUAGCGCAAGCGAAUUUCACAAUAUUAGUGAUGGAAGACGCUACAAUU